GAAAAAGAGUAGGUGGGGCGGCAGACAGAUAGUCUGAAAUUUCCCCUCAGUCCUACUCGUCCUCUCCCGACUCCAAACCCUAGCACCCAAUUCGGCGGCCGCAGGCACAACACAAGCGACGAUGGCGGCGGUGCUUGUGCGGGAGCUUGGCGAGAUGGAGGAGCUCGUGGAGGAGAUCCUCAUCCGCCUCCCUAAGGACGAGCCUGGUAAUCUUCUCCGCUCCUCCCUCGUCUGCAAGCCAUGGCGCGGCCUCCUCGCCGGCGACGGCUUCCGUCGCCGCUACGGCGACUUCCACCAAACACCUCCCAUGCUUGGCUUCUUCCAAAACUGGCCGGAACCCUGCGCCGAAUUAUGGCCUACCACGGAUUUCCUCGCGCGUGACCUCGACCCCCAGCACCACUAUUCCGUGGAAGAUUGUCGCCACGGCCGGGUCCUCCUUCGGUACUUGGAUGAGGAUGCGAAUAUGGCAAGGCUGGUCGUCUGGGACCCCAUCACGGGCAGACAAACGGUGUUUGGCAGCCUCGAAAACGAAAUGUCGGCAACGGGAAGCUGGUCUGCCUCGGUGCUCUGUGCUGCGGACAACUGCCGCCACGGUGACUGCCAAUCGGGUCCAGUCCGCGUUGUUUUCGUCAUCCUUCACCAGGAAGAGCAGGUUUGCUACGGCGUCCGUCUACUCAUCGGAGACGGCUAG